AUGGACAACUUGCGUCCGGUGGUCUACCCCGCAGUUGCCCCAGAACCCACAGCGCCAGGUAUCCGAGGCGAUACCGCUCUCUUUGCGCCCUCUUUCACCUGUGUUGACAGGACCCUUAUUGAACCUUUACGUCCUAUCCCGACAAAUGGGGUUCACGAUGCAUUUGAAGUUCUCGCUCUCAUGAUCUUGAAGACGAUGGAGCACCGCGUGGCCUCCAAAUCGGAUGCGUGGGUAUCCGAUCGCACCUUCGCAUCUCCUGGGAUGUCAGAUCGAGUGGCGAGACGACUGUACUCGUUGACAAAGGACUACCACGUUGUACCCUGGCGUGUCCCUUCACUGGAGUGCCUAGCGCGCCCAUCUCGAAGUCUCGGCCAUCCUUGCAAAAGGCGAUCUUGCUAUUCUGGUCAGACCUUUCUGAUGCCUGUCCGAGAGACGUCCGGCUCCCAAAGCUUGCUUCGCGAAGUUCUUGCAACCCGAGGGUAUGGAGCGCGGCGGCGAGGCCUUCGCCUAUAA